AUGCAUCAAGUUGCUGCUAAUGUUAAUGAUAAGAACUGGGUAUUUUGGGAUAAGGAAUUCAAUGCCAAGGUUUUAGAUCAUGAUGAACGACAGUUGUCAUUAGAAAUGAAGCAUGUUGAAAAUGGCAAUCUGUUCCACCUAACACUCAUUUAUGCAAAGUGUAAGCCAAUUCUCAGAAGACCUUUGUGGGAAGUCCUUAGACACAAAUCAACUACCUGUAAUGUGCCAUGGUGUGUCGUUGGAGAUAUUAAUGUCAUUGCCUCUGUAGAAGAAAAGAUUGGUGGCAUUUCAUACCAAAUGUCCAAAAGCCUUGAUUUUCUGAGCAUGAUGGAGGACUGUGGACUUAUGGAUCUGGGUUUCUAUGGGUCUAAAGUCACAUGGUCCAAUGGAAGGGGGAAAUGUGCUGUUGUAUGGAAAAGAUUGGACAGGGGAUUAGUCAAUGAUUUAUGGCUAGAAGCCUUUCCUGCUGCCACAAUUACUCAUUUAGGUUCAGCGGGAUCUGAUCACAACCCCCUGCUAUUGGAACUUCAUACAAGACAGGAUAAUGGUAAAAAGUACUUCAAAUUUCUCAACUGUUGGGUGGAUAACCAAAGUUUUCUACCACUGGUUUCAGAAAUAUGGAACAGAGAAGUCAGAGAGCUGAUCUGGGCCCAAACAAACAAUGAUGCUGACAGAAUAUCUCUCAAUGAGCUCAAGGCUCAGUAUGUUAGACAUUUGAAGGUUGAGCAAGAUGUUCUGAAACAGAAAACCCAACUGCAAUGGUUUAAAGAAGGGGAUGCCAAUUCUAGAUACUUCCACAGCUUAAUCAGAGGAAGAAGAAGGAAAUUAUACAUCCACAAAAUCAAAAAUGAAGAAGUUAUUAGAGAAGACUUGUUGUCCAUUAUUCCAACCAUGAUAACUAGUGAAGACAAUGCCAUACUCACCAGAGACCCAUCUAUGUUAGAGCUCAAGGACAUUGUAUUCUCCAUGAAUCCUAUUAGUCAGCAGGACCUGAUGGUCAUCGGUUCAAGACUUGGCCCUAUCCUUCCAAAGAUAAUCUCUGCAAAUCAAUCAGGCUUUGUUAAAGGCAGAAACAUCUCUCAAAACAUUAUGCUUGCACAAGAAAUAGUGCAUGGUAUCAAGAAGCCAACUAUGGGAUCAAAUGUGGUCAUCAAGCAUGACAUGGCUAAGGCUUAUGAAAGAGUCUCCUGGAGUUUUACCUGCAUUAUGCUCAGGAGAAUGGGUUUCAGUGAAAUGAUCAUUGACAUGAUCUGGAGAACAAUGUCCAAUAACUGGUAUUCAGUCAUAGUUAAUGGCACCAGAUGUGGCUUUUUCCAAUCUACAAGAGGCCUCAAACAGGGUGAUCCACUUGCUCCUUCUCUAUUCAUCAUAGGAGCUGAACUCCUAUCCAGAAUGCUCAACUUGCUGAAUCAUGAUCAGCCAUUUCAUGGAUUCUAUAUGCAGAAAAGGGGACCUCAAAUUAACCACUUAAGUUUUGCUGGUGAUAUCAUCAUCUUUACUUCUGGGAGAAGAACAUCCCUGAGGAAAAUCAUGUGGAUUCUUAGCAAUUAUGAGAGCACAUCUGGCCAACUCAUUAAUAGGCACAAGAGUCCUUUCAUGACUGCUCCAUGUGUUCUGCCAAGUGCAGUCAGAAGAAUUCAAAGGGAGACAAGCUUCUAUAGAAAAGAUUCACCUCUCACAUACCUAGGAUGCCCUCUGUACACAUGCAGAAUCAGAAUUAUGUACUUCAAUGGUCUUAUCUCUAAGGUGCUAGGAAGAAUCAAAGGCUGGCAUGGUGUGAUGACCCGGCCCGUCGUCACGUUUUUAGCAGUUAUUGCAGAGGGGAUUUGGCUUUCGCGAUCGCAGUCAUUGGGACGCGUUCGCAUAGCAUUGGAAGCGGAAGCUUCGCGUUCGCGUG